UGCAGCCAACUGUCCCAACCUUUGUGUCCCCUGGAGCUGUAGGGACUGAAACUGGUGUGGACACUAACCAAGAACAGAAAAAUAAUCUUCAAAAUGAAAGGAAGCAGAGCCUACAUAAAACAGGAAGAGUCCCGCUCCCUUCAGCGCACGAGCUGAAAUCCAAGUGGGAAAACCUGCUGGGACCUGAAUAUGAAGUUAUGGUUGUGAAUGUGGAUAUGCCCAUUACAGAUGAUUCAGAGCUCCAGAAGUACUCAAAGCUAUUACCCAUCCACACUUUGAGAUUAGGAGUUGAGCUUGACACAUUUGAUGGACAUCAUUAUAUAUCAUCAAUUGCUUCAGAUGGUCCAGCUGCAACACUUGGUCUUCUGCAACUGGAGGAUGAACUUCUGGAGGUAAAUGGAGUUCAGCUAUACGGAAAAUCACGCCGUGAGGCAAUCACUUUUCUAAAGGAAGUGCCACCCCCGUUUACAUUGGUUUGCUGUCGGCGACUUUUUGAUGAUGGCAGUGAGUCUCUUGUGGAUGAACCCACUGUGGGAGUUUCCCCUCCAGAACAAAAGGUGAAACCCGAGGAAGAUGUUAAUCUUGAGGAGGAAGAAGGGGAAUUAGCGUUAUGGUCUCCUGAUGUGAAGGUUAUUGAACUGGAGAAAGACAAAAAUGGUUUAGGAUUCAGCAUUUUAGACUAUCAGGAUCCCUUGGAUCCAACAAGAACAGCCAUUGUGAUCAGCUCUUUGGUGGCAGGUGGAGUAGCUGAACGUGGGGGCGAGCUUUUACCAGGUGACCGCUUGGUGUUUGUAAAUGAGAAAUGUUUGGACAGCUCCACUUUAGCAGAGGCAGUGGAAGUGUUGAAAUCGGUGCCCCCAGGUACAGUUUCUCUUGGAAUCUGCAAGCCUUUGGUGGGAGAAAGCAAAGAGGAGGAGAACAUGCACUAUGUGGAUUCCAGCAACAUUAAAACCAGCCCUGGAUCUCCAGAACCAAUAGAUAAUAUAAAUUUCUCAAUAAUACUUGAAGCACCACAGGGUUUCAGAGAUGAAACACCUUUUAAGGAAGAACUUGUUGAUGAACCAAUUUUGGACUUGGGAAGGUCAUUUCAGCUGGCUCAAAAUGAUAAUGAGUAUGAGAAGGAAUCCUGGGAGAUGCAUGAAUUUCUGAAACCCAGAACAGAAGAAAUGGAUGAAGAACGGGAAAUGUUGGUGGAUGAGGAGGAUGAAGAAAAUUCAGACUUCCUGAAAUACAAUGGAUCAUGUGGACAGAAGGCAACUUCAGAGAGGAACCUCGAUACAGAAAGAUGGGCAAAGCAACUUGAGACUACUGAAAUACAACACUUAAGAUCCAAUGUUAACCGAAGUCCAAAACAGUCACUGGAAUAUCCAUUCGAUAAAGAUCAAAUGUAUGAAGAAAAUGCUGGUGUAAGUUUACUGUUUUCUGGAACCACAGCACACAGUGGCUACCAAAAAGAUAUAUUUGAUACUGAAACUGCCCUCUCAGGAGCAAAAACCAAGAUGGAUUUAGGUACAAAGCUUCGGAUUGACUCUAAAGGACCUGGGCUUGCUGUUGAUCUGGAAGCUAUUGAAAAGGAAGAACUAAAAGGGGAAGACUGUGUUUUUUCCAAGAACCCAGAAUCUAGGAGAGUAACCACCUUAGCUCAGCCCAGAACAGCAUCAUGCAGUGAAUUACCUGAGAGAGAAGAAGGAGAAGGAGAAGAAACUCCAAACUUCAGCCACUGGGGACCACCACGGACUGUUGAGAUCUUUAGAGACCCUCAUGUGUCUCUUGGAAUCAGUAUUGUUGGUGGACACACUGUCAUAAAGCGCCUGAAGAAUGGAGAAGAACUUAAAGGGAUCUUUAUCAAACAAGUUUUGGAAGACAGCCCAGCAGGAAGAACAAGGGCUUUAAAAACUGGAGAUAAAAUACUUGAGGUUUCUGGGAUAGACCUACAAAACGCCACACAUGAAGAAGCAGUAGAAGCUAUCAAGAACGCAGGAAAUCCCGUCGUGUUUGUAGUUCAGGGUUUGUCUAACGUACCAAAAGUGGUUUCUGCCGUACAGCCUAAGGCAAUCAAAGUCAGCAAAGAUCAGGAUGCAGACAAAGAAAAUAAGAGUGAAAAGAGAAAAUAUGGGGCUCCGCCUCCAAUGAAAUUGCCUCCUCCUUAUAGAGCACUUGAAAGACUGCAUGCAGAGGAAGUUAACGUGGAUGAAGAGGAGGAUGAGGAUGCUUGUGCAGAGAAAAAAAUCAGGCAAAGAUAUGCAGACCUACCAGGAGAGUUGCACAUUAUUGAGCUUGAGAAAGACAAAAAUGGGCUCGGACUGAGUCUUGCUGGCAACAAGGACCGCUCUCGUAUGAGCAUCUUUGUAGUUGGUAUCAAUCCAGAUGGACCUGCGGGACGAGAUGGAAGGAUGCAUAUUGGCGAUGAACUUCUGGAGAUAAACAAUCAGAUAUUGUAUGGAAGAAGUCAUCAGAAUGCUUCUGCAAUCAUUAAGACUGCCCCAUCAAAGGUCAAGCUAGUUUUCAUACGAAGUGAAGAUGCAGUCAAUCAGAUGGCUGUUACUCCUUUUCCAUUACCUUCCAGCUCCCAUUCUUCUAUUGAGGAUCAUGGUGGCACUGAACCUGCAAGCAGUGAAGAAGAUCCGAGUUUGGAAGUUGUCAUGAAAAGCUUGACUGAUGAGGAAUCCAACAAAGCUGAUGUGAAAUGUAAAGCUGACAAACCAGUGGAAAAAACGGAGGAGCAGCUCCCAGAAAAUGUCCUCAACCAGAUCAAACAAUCCAAAUCUUCCACAAAAGUACCAGUCAAUUUACAGGAGAUACCCCUGGUGCCAGCCCCUACUUAUCUUUCUCCAGAGGCAGAAGUCACUAGCCAUAGUGUCUUUCCACCGUCAUUGCCUGUGGAUCCAGCAACAUGUCCUAUAGUUCCGGGCCAGGAGAUGACUAUAGAGAUAUCUAAGGGUCGGUCAGGCCUAGGACUCAGCAUCGUCGGGGGGAAAGACACUCCACUGGAUGCCAUAGUGAUCCAUGAAGUUUACGAAGAAGGGGCAGCAGCCCGGGAUGGCAGGCUCUGGGCCGGCGAUCAGAUUCUGGAGGUGAACGGGAUCGAUCUGCGGAAUGCCAGCCACGAAGAAGCUAUCACUGCGCUGAGACAGACGCCCCAGAAGGUGCAGUUGGUUGUUUAUAGAGAUGAAGCACACUACAAAGAUGAAGAAAACUUAGAGAUUUUCUAUGUAGAUAUACAAAAGAAAACAGGCCGAGGACUAGGGCUCAGCAUAGCUGGAAAACGAAAUGGAAGUGGAGUGUUUAUCUCUGACAUUGUUAAAGGAGGAGCUGCAGACCUAGAUGGAAGAUUAAUUCAAGGAGAUCAGAUUUUGUCUGUAAAUGGAGAGGAUAUGAGAAAUGCCUCACAAGAGACUGUUGCCACUAUACUUAAGUGUGCCCAAGGCCUAGUGCAUCUUGAACUUGGAAGACUGCGAGCUGGAUCAUGGUUAUCACGGAAAACAUCCCCAAACAGUCAGGCAAGCCAACAGAGUGUCCAUAGCCACUUCCACCCUGCGCUUGCUCCAGUCCUCUCUACCUUACAGAAUUUUGUCAGCGCAAAAAGAUCUUCAGCAGAUGCGUCUCAGAGAAACUCAGGAGCAGAUAUGGGCCCAAGGACUGUGGAGAUAACAAGGGGACCGAAUGAUGCACUUGGUAUCAGUAUAGCAGGAGGGAAGGGAAGUCCAUUAGGAGAUAUCCCCAUCUUCAUUGCUAUGAUUCAAGCCAGUGGGGUGGCUGCACGUACCCAAAGACUUAGAGUUGGAGAUCGGAUUGUCAGUAUUAAUGGACAACCUUUGGAUGGGCUGUCUCAUGCAGAUGCGGUUAAUCUACUAAAGAAUGCUUAUGGGAGCAUUAUCCUGCAGGUUGUGGCUGAUACCAACAUCAGUGCCAUUGCUACCCAGCUGGAGAGCAUGUCUGCGGGAUGCAACCUUAACUCUUCUUCCGAGCAUCCUUCUGAAGAUCCCGAGGAGCAGCUGCGGACGACGGCAGACUGAAGCGAGGCGAUCAGAUUUUAGCGGUUAAUGGGGAAGCUUUGGACGGUGUCACUCACGAGCAAGCUGUAGCUAUUCUGAAGCGCCAGAAAGGAACUGUAACAUUAACAGUGUUAUCAUGAAUGUCGUUUCGCUUGCGGAGAUAAAUACAAUUAUUUUAGAACAUCAGUAGAGCUAUAAUAAUACUGCUCGGCCCUGAGCAGGUUGUAAAGCAAACCCUGGCAAAAACGAAUCAGUAUUCACCCCAUUGCCGGGAAGGGUAGCGUGCAUCUCGAGCUUCGUUUAGCCGUCCCCAUUUAUCAGCCCUUCUCCCCACCCUCCCCUACUCCUGGUGGCUUUUGAGGUUUCUCUGGACAAGUUUAAUUAAGAAACUUCAAAGAACAAUAUCCAUUUUACUUAAUACAUCAGUUUAUCCCCACUAGUCUGAACCCUGGUUACAACUGCUGAGCCUGCAAUCAGUUCACACACAAAAGAGAAUUUAGAUCAUCAACUGAUCUCAUCUGAUGAGCAGAAAUAAAUGCAGAGUGACUUGUCAUCUCA